UCUGUCGCAUUUUUGAGUACGGACGCACACAGCGCUCUUGUUUGUAAACCAAACAAACAAAUAAACAAGGAGUGGGACAUUCUUUCUCGAUCUAGUAAUGUGAUUAGCAAAAUGACAAGUGACCAGUCGGUAACUAGUAGCAGCUCCCAGGCGAGACAUUUCGGUCUAUACAGGACUAUAGACGCAAGGACCGAGGAGUUUUUAAGGCUCUCCAGGAAACGUCAGAUACGGCAAGGCUGCGCAUGCGCAGCUGUAUCCACUGCUAUCACCGUUACCAUAAUUGUUGCAGUUCUACUGAUCUACGAGUAUGCGAUUGUUGUAGAAUCGAGUUUAGUACAAAAUAGGAAAAGCCUAAACAAAUCGGACAGAGAAAAGUCUAUGAAAAAUCUUAGACCUAUAGCUGAUAGAUUAGAUAGAAGCUAUUUUGGAUUUGACCAAGAUUAUUAUGAAAGAAUGCCACUUCUUGUUAAUGCAUUGGCUGAAAAUGUUUACACCCAACCUUUUCCAGAAACUGUAACAGUGCAAAAAUAUAAAAAACACGACAUAGCUUUACGAGCGCAUUUGCCUUUUAAUACUUACAAAUUGAUAAGAAGAACAAGUCCAAGACCAUUUAAUUUUGAUCAAAUUUCUACACCGUAUCCUUUUAGUAAAAUGUAUGGAUCAAAAACAUGGGUUGAUAGUUAUCGUAAUGCUCAAAGGAUGAAAAAUCUUCAGCACGUCAUGAUGUAUCUUGGGAAAACAAUCAACGCCAAACAUAGUGAUAUACAUACGAUUCCAACACAGACGCACAUCGCAUUUACUGGAAUGUAUAUUGAACCUGCAAACGUAAAAUACACCACGGAUAGUUUCAUGCAAAAGGUAAAUCCAACACAAACUCGGCAUCGAGUUGACCCUCUAUUCACAUUUAAACCUGACAACCCAGGAGAUGUAAAUCUAUUAGCAGAAGACUUUGCGUCAGGUUUAACCGAUAACGAAGAGAAAAAAGAAUCUUAUCCAUAUUCUCGAAUCGAAGAAAAUUGUAGCCAUAAUUCUCGAGAACAAAAUAUGGGGACUGAAAAGUCAAAUUCCAAUGAAGAUUCUAAAAUAAAUCGUUUUAGAAAACAAGGCUUAGGUACUGAAUAUAAAACUCAAAGUCAUUCUCCGACCACCUCUAAAAUGUUAGAAAAAAUAUAUAUCACAACUUCACGCCCUGUAAUACACUUUAAGCCGAGAUCUGCAAGGCCUGUUUCCCGCACAUAUAUUAAAUUUACAAGACCACGACCACAUCCAAAAGACGUCACCACAGUUGACUCUAUUUAUAAGCGUAAACCAGAAUUGAACAGCAGUACUAAUAUGAUAGUUAAUGUAAAUGUUUUUCCUAUGGAAAGUGAAGCAAAAAAUGGAGACCAACAUUUUAAAGAAAGCGAAAAUUCUAUUCGAUUCUCGACCACACAGAAGCCGAUUAAACAAAUACCUAUAAUUGUAGCAAAGCAAGUAGAAGAUUACCAUGUGGGGAGUUCGGGCAUUAUACCGAUGACUACAAUGACGCAAGCUAGGGAGCAAGAAGUGCUAACCGUAACUCCUUUGCUUGAUACUACAGAACCAUAUUCUGAAUCGAUUUGGUCAACUAAUCCACCUGAUGUUAUUAAAUUUAGUAGAGAAGAUGCCAAAAUCCCAGAUCAGUACACGACGAUGACAUUUGAAGAUAUUCCAUCGACAACGGAAACUAAUUCAAGAACGUACAAAAGUGUUGCAUACGACGAAGAUCGAAAUAUUGAAGCGAAAACACUUAUUAUAAAGUUGGUAAAUAAUUUAGAAUCGACUACUAGGCAAAGCAAUAGUUAUGAUCGAUCAGAAGUGGAAGAAUUUACAACAAAUACUUAUGUACCGCAAAUUAACGGUCAUUAUAGAAAUAUGGAGAAUUUACGUAAAUUAUUUGAACUCUUGAAAGAAAAUUCAGAAAAAUAUAGAAGAAACAGACUUAAGCCAAUAACAACCGUCCAUUCCCCAACUUAUGUACCCACGUAUAUCGAAAUUAAAAGAAAUCGCACUGGACAUUUCAACGAAUAUAAUUAAUAAUCAUUUUUAAAUGUUUAAAAAUUAGCAAUAUCUAUUUAGAUCUCCCACCGAUUUGUUUUUCUUAUUUACUAAAGUUAGUAUUGGGAUUUUUCGUCCUAUUCGUACCGAAUUACCUUAUAUGUUACUACUAUAACGUCCCUUAUAUUUUCUACUCAAUUACCUUACUCUAGUGGUUUCUGAGCGUCAUCGGUCCAGUUUAACUACUACACCUAAAAAUGUUAAAAAAAAUAAUGCCAUCCUUUCAUUCUCCUUGCAAAGAUAGAAUGGCAAUAUGUGUGUUUACGAGUGCUUUGGCAGUAACAUC